UAUAGUGAAGGGUCUACAAUAACAUUUUUUUACGGUCAGCUAAAUCACUUAAUUUGAGAUACUUAAUAUAAAAAUGCAAAUUAUGCCUAAUUAAUUUCAAUGCAAUUUGUGAAAUGUUGGCAAAAGUAUUGUCUACUUUUUGGCUGCCCUUGAAAUACGUUCAACGAAAGCGAGAGUGAGAAAGAGGGACAGAGAGAUAGAGAGUGAGGUAAAACUAAAGUAAGAGAGGGAGAGGUGCAAAAGCUUUGCGCUAAUUGCGUCGCAUUCGAUUCAUUAGCAACAACAGCAACAGCAGAUAACAAAUUUCAUACCCGGUAGCCAAAGCUUGAAAGGGUAUUACAAAGGGAAAAUUUACUUAAUAUAAAAAGAGACUUAUUAUUGAUUGACCCUUCAAAUCAAUUUACAAUGAACGCAACCACAAUGUAAACAAUAAUUAUCAAUAAAAACCCACAAUUAGACCAAAAACAGUUAUUAAACGAUUUUGUAAGCAGUCAGCUCUGCAUUUGUGACCACAAUUUAAAUACAUAAUUGAUUGCGACUAAAAUCGUGUGUGGCUAUAAAAGAGCGUGUAAAGCGCGUUUGAACUUCAAAAAGUAUUAACGAAAAAAGGACGCACAAUGCCGAUAGCCAAAAUGGAUAGUUUCCUGAAGUACGCCAACUUCUUCUACACGGCAGUUGGAAUUGAACCUUAUACAAGAGUUUCACGCAAAAGUGCGCCUAGCAUAUGGAUUAGUUUUGUCUUCUGGUCCAAUAUUAUAAAUCUAAGUUUGGUUCUUCUGGGUGAGACUGUCUAUGUGCUGAUUUCCUUUGCCACUGGAGAACACGUCGUGGAGGCCAUCAUGGUGAUGUCCUACAUUGGCUUCGUACUCGUCGGGAUGAACAAAAUGGCAUUUGUCUGGUGGAAGAAAGAAUCGCUGAGUGGCAUCAUGCACCAACUGGAGGAACUCUUUCCACGCACGAAGGAGACUCAGUCAGAGUAUCAAUUGGAUAGAUAUCUGGAGAGUUGCUCUCGCCUGAGUUUGACCUUCUCGCUGCUCUACUCUGUGCUCAUCUGGACCUACAAUCUGUUUAACAUUGCGCAGUACUUCGUCUACGAAUUGUGGCUCAAGACACGCAUCGUAGGACUCACUCUUCCCUAUAUGAUGUAUAUCCCUUGGCACUGGGAAGGAAAUUGGUCGUAUUAUCUGCUGCUCUUCUCGCAGAACUUUGCUGGCUACACUUCGGCAGCUGGACAAGUUUCAACUGAUCUCUUGCUCUGCGCUGUGGCCACUUUGAUCAUCAUGCACUAUGAUUAUCUGGGCAGGAUUAUAGAGUUUAAGCAGCUGAGUGGAGAUUGGUCGCAGGAUUCGCGUUUCUUGGCACAGGUUGUGCAAUAUCAUGAACGUCUUUUGAGCUUGUCAGCGGAACUAAAUGAGAUCUUUGGUGUGCCGCUCUUGCUCAACUUUCUCAUCUCGUCGUUUGUCAUAUGCUUUGUGGGCUUUCAAAUGACAAUCGGAGUGCCGCCCGAUCUAAUGAUCAAAUUACUCUUGUUCUUGGUCUCCUCGCUGUGUCAAGUGUAUUUGAUUUGCCAUCACGGACAGCUGAUUGCCGAUGCAAGCUCUGGCAUUGCUCUGGCUGCCUAUAAACAAGAUUGGAGCUUCGCUGAUGUCAGAUAUCGCAAGACUUUGGUCUUUAUUAUUGCUCGCUCCCAGAAGCCAGCUUUUCUCAAAGCAACUGUUUUCAUGCAGAUCACCAGAGGCACAAUGACUGAGCUGCUGCAAUUGUCCUACAAGUUCUUUGCUUUGCUGCGUACCAUGUACGCCAAGUAAACUUGACUAAAUACCAAAGAG